AUGCGGGCUGGGCGCGGCGCGGGGGCGAGCGCGGCGCUCAGGUUGCAGCCGGCAGCCCCCGGCCCGCCUCCCUGCCCGCCUCCCCGGGCGGAGAGCGCCCAGCCCGGCCGCCGCGUCCCCCCGUCCCCUUCCCUCUCCCUUCCCUUCCCUUCCCUCCCGGCCCCCGCUGCCAGGGCCGCAGCCGCCCGGCCUUUUUCCCUUGGAUUUUAGUAUCGGAAAACUCUCUAAUGACAACUUUGCUUAGGAGCUGAGCGCCGCUUCCCACCCCGCUCCUCGCCACGCAGCUCAGAAAGCCCUGAAGAACCUCUUGGAGCAUCUGCACUGCUUCAUGCAGUUCAAUGUUCUGGGGUCAUGAAACUUAAUCCACAGCAAGCUCCGUUAUAUGGUGACUGUCUUAUUACGGUGCAGCUGACUGAGGAAGAUAAAGUUGAAGAUGAUGUAGUUUUUUACUUGGUAUUUACUGGUUCAACUCUCCAACACUGCACAAGCACUAGAAAGAUUAAUCCGAGGAGUCUGGAGACAAUUGCUCCUGGCCAUGACUGCUGUGAGACCGUGAGGGUGGCACUCUGUGCCGCUCGGGAAGGCCACCCCGUCCUGCUUGUGGCUGAAGAGAGCUUCCAGUUCGUUCAGGACGAAGCCUACGACGCAGCGCAGUUUCUAGCCACCUGCGCCGGGAACCAGCAAGCGCUGAAUUUCACCCGGUUCCUGGACCGCUCGAGGCCGCCCGCUGCCGACGUGGAGUUUUUGGAUGAGAAAGUGGCCUUGGCGUUUCGGCACCUGAAGCUGCCGGCGGGAUGGAACGUGCUGGGGGCGGAUCAGGCCCUGAACGAGAACAUCCCUCGGGAAACGUUGAUGCAUUUUGCCGUGAGGCUGGGGCUGCUGCGGCUGACAUGGUUCCUGCUACAGCAGCCGGGAGGAAGAGGAGCUCUCAGCAUCCACAACACCGAAGGGGUGACGCCUGUGAGCUUGGCCUUGGAGAAGGGCUAUCAGAAGCUGCACCAGCUUUUGACAGAAGAGGAAGCUAGAGAGCCCGACUCCUGGAGCGCUCUGUCUCACACGGUGCACUCGGGGGACUACUGCGUGAAACACCACCCGGGGCUGGAUGUCUACAUGCUGACAGCCGAAACCAAGGAAGGGGGGAAGGCCAGCUUGGAGGAUGACAUACAGCAGCUUCGGAAACACAUGCAGAGCCACCGGCACAUGAAUUUAAGGAAGCAGACAGAACCUGCACUGAAAGAUUCUGGGAAUAGCUACAGUCAAGGAACAGAGUCAGAUGGUCACCCAGCCACUACAUCUCAGAGCCUAAAAGAAAUGGCAAGAGAAGGAGGGAAGGAAAGUCCAUCUGAUCUUGUUCACCUUGACAGCAGACAACUCUUGGACCAAACCUGCCAGGAGGACAAGCACAACAGUGAGAGUUUGGGAGCUGUCAGUGAUGCUCCAAAUGACUUAGAGAGCCUGGGGGAUGCAAAGAACCCAGAGUGCUCCUGUGAAAGUAAAAAUACGAUGACGUUGAACAAAAAGGAAGAGGAGGAGCCAACCUCUGUUGCAGACUUUGGGACUGUAUCAGACAAAAACGACAGCACGCUCAGCCUGUGUGCGGCUGUAAAUGGUGCUGUAAGUCUUCCAUCCUGUGGAAAUACAAAUGAGGAAGCUGGAAUGACAUCUGCUGGACUUGUUUUGGAUCCCACCAGCUUGUGCAGUAAAGAUAGUACCCAUCAGGAAGUGCAAGUUGCUGAAGAGCGUGCAGUCGAAAGUGCUGUUACAGUGGCUGAAACUGCAGGCAAAACCCCAGCUUCCCUGGUGGCCGUGGAUGUGGCUAUGGGCCAAACUGAAUGCAGGAACUGUACAGGGACGGCUGAUAGGGCUCCAGGCCCGCAGCAGGUAGAGGAUGGCGUGGCUGAGACCAGUGAAAUGAGGACUGCAAAUCUAAAAGAGCAAUCACCAGCGAAGGAAGAGUCAGCCAGCGCUGCUCAGCCCUUGCUCAGUGAUUUUAAUGGCACUGACUGUGCAGAUGAGGAGAAUGCAACUAUGCAAGAGAUGCCGGCAUGUGACAGUACCAGUGCAGAUGUUGGCACUGAUGAUCUCUCCGUUGGCCUUUGCAAGACCAGCGAUAACAGAGAUACCGGAGCAGACACGUGUGCUGAUCAGGUAAACAACGGCUUCUUAGAAAGGCAAGGCAAUCCUCUCGUCAAGGAGAGGGAGGACAUCACUGCGAACGCUGGGGCACUGUUGCCAACAGUGAAUGGGGUGAAGGCUCCAGCGUGUGCACCAAAACACGAUCCUGUGUCAGAAAUCCACAACAGCAGUACGAAUGGGGAGCAAGAAGUGCAGGUAGAAGGUGGUAGCAUGGAUGCAAAAUCUAGCUCACUGUGCCUAGGAGACAGUGUGGAAACUGAUGGUCCUGAUACUAAACCUGAAAAUGAUGAAGUUGAUGGACCUGAUCAAAGCAAUGGAGAACCUGUAUGUUGCCAGGAAAGCAGUAAGAACAGUGUCUUUGCAGCCCAAGCAAUGGAGGACAGCGGAGCCCAUGAGGAGGAGGCAGUAGGAACUGAUACCAGCAGCAGCGGAGACAGAGGAAGCUCCGAUUCUGCAAACGGAGCUCAGGAAGUUGCUAGCUGUUGCCCUUCUGUCGAUGAAACCGGUGUUAAAGAUGAAAUGGGUGACAGCUCAAAAUUAGACACUGCUCAAGCGAGCAAGCAUGAGCCCGGAUCACUCCCUCCGGGGGAUACAAGCGCGUGCUUGCCAGAAAAAGAGCCGCCACACAACGAAGCAGAGAUAGCAGAAAGCGCUCCCGAGCAGGAGGGGCUCAGCGAGGUGGCAAAGUCGCUCCCUCCUCUACCUGAAGGAGACGGGCCGGCUGCGAGUCGGGAGGGUGCUGCUGCAGUGGCACCUCCCGGGCAGGAGGCAGCUCUGCGAGGUAGUGACCCUGAAUUAUCUCCGAGUGCCAAGGGCGCAGGCCGCGUACGGGAUAAUUUAAUAGGCACACCCUCCGUAAUUCGUGAUGAAGGCUCUGAACAAAACCAGGAAGCGGCAGCAGACUCGGCAGGGCUGCCGGAGCAUGGCAAAGCCGCCGCGCAAGCAGCCUGGCCCGUAGAUCAUGCGGGGGGAGAGGGCUCUCGGGAGCAGAGCCUCUCCCAGCAGGCUGAAGGAGACAGAGCCGAGCCUCACCGGGCGGCUUGUGGAAGCGGCAGGGAGAAGGUUUUGUCGGAGGAACUUGUCGCCGCUGUUGUGAAAGCUGCCUGCAGCCAGGAGGUGCCUGUGGCAGAUGGCAGCACUGCAGGCGCUGGGCUGAGAGAGAAGGUCCCUGGUGAGGAAGCGUGUGAGACUGCGACCGUGGAUGCAGAAGUCACCGUGCAAGGCCCUGAAUCAGAAGACAAGUCGGCAGAUGUGGUGGACAACCCUCGUCCGGAUGUGGGGCCGAAGCAAGAAUGUGAUCCCAAUCAAGGCACCUCUCUGCGCAGCAUCACCCCAAAGCUAAAGGACCUCUUGGAAAUGGAGGCACCAGCAGCUGCCUGUGAGGACAAGGAAGUGUUAAGGGUAGUGGAAGUCACCCCCGUAGCAAUGUAUCCGGAAGAGCAGGAGGAUAUGGACAGCGUGCUGCCCAGAGCGGCCCUUCAGCCGAUUGCCGAAGAGCCCACGUGUGACAGCGACUCCAGCACAGACACCGUCUGCCUGGCCGGCGAGAGCGAAGCUGGUCCUGAUGCGGAGGCAGCCCAGGGGGAGGCCUUGGCUGAGCCUGAUGCAUGCAAAGCGAAGCAAAGCCAAGCCGUAUUGGAAUCGACCUUCUCGCAGGGUUCGUGCCGUUUAAAUGCUGUUGAGUCACUGGAGAAUGUGGGAGUAAAGAGUUUGGUUUCGGCAGAUGAUGCCUUCUCUCUGGAUAAAGUUCCUAAAAUGGUAAAAAGUUUUGAUGCGGUAGUUUUUGCAUCGGAGACACCUUGUUCCCUCGAAUUACCAGAAAAAGUGGGGCUUGAACCCCAGCCUGCAGUGGAUACAGCGACCAGCCUUAAUGGAGAAAUGGAUUUAAGCUCCCCGGCAAAGAGGAGGAGCGUCAGCCUGGGAGCACAAGGAUCUGAGCCUGUUACAGGGAAGUUGGAAAUGAAAACUGAAGAUGAGGUGGAUUUUAUGAAAGAUCACCGAGAGAGCGCAGCUUGCGAUGGAACUAUAAACCGUGAAAGCUGGUGUUCGUUAGAGCCAUGUCCCGAUUCUUCACUGCUGGAGCCCAGGCGGACCCGGGAGUCUCCAGAAUGUGAAAGCUUCCUGGAGGAUGGGCUGAGUAGCGUCUGUGCCUCGUCACGGGGAGUCCUUAAGAGAGAGUCCGGGAGCGAGUCUGAGCUCUUCCCCUUGCCUGGUGAUGGGAUGGAAGACAUUGUCUUUGGAAAGCAGCCUGAAGAGGAGCAGUCAGUGUGUGAUGUCACCAGCUCCAGUUCCUCUGCCGAUGACACCAUGUCCUUGGAAAGAAACUCAUCCCUGGGCAGCGACACUUCGCUUCCCUUCCCACCGACGCUGAACUUCAUCAGGCCCAAGGACAGGUACAGUUUGGAUGGAAGCUGCAUUAACAUGGUGGCUGCGGAGGGAAGAGAGGGUGAACCCGCUGGCUCAGGAGAGACGGAAGAAGAGCUGGAUAGUAUAACAGAUGUGCCUGCGCAUUCCUCCGUCUUAAGAAACUCCAUGCGACCGCUGUCACCUUUCCGUCGGCAUAGCUGGGGGCCAGGGAAGAAUGCCACCAAUGAAGCAGAAAUAAAUCAGAGGAGUUCAAUGCGAGUUCUGGGGGAUGGUAUAAAGAAGCCUCCCAUUCAUAGGAGAAGUUUGAGCUGGUGUCCCUCUGGCGUACAGUUCAUUGCCAUGGGUCCUGACUUUAAUUGUAGAAGUUACAGCCUAGAAGGCCUCACUGGAGACCCUGGUGAGAACAAGAAGCCCUCAGCAAGCUUGGAGGCUUCUUCUCUGAGCUCCAAGGACCUCCGACGAAGUCCUCUGGCCAAUGAUGAAUGCGGGUCCCUGGUCUCGCUCACUGAAGAACUGGAGCAGGGGGAAAUCGGAGACUAUGAUCACCGGAUGCAUCAAAGAUCACAGCCGCAAGGAUUUCAUUUCUGUGCUUCUGCUGUUUCUUCUCCACUGACCAAAUCGAUGUCUCUGAUGUCAAUUAGUAAACCCGUGCUGGACACUACGCGACCAUUCACUGGCCCCACCAGCUCCUCAGUUCACAGCACAUCUGAAGAGAGCACCAGUGUCCCCUCUAGCAAAGGUGGAACAAAAGUCAGUCGCACCUUCAGCUACCUCAGGAAUAAAAUGUCCAGCAGCAAGAAGAGCAAACAGGAAAAAGAGAAAGAGAAAGAGAAGACUAAAGAGAAAGACAAGGAGUCCAAGGAGAAGGAAAAAGACAAGAAGCUGAUGAACGGACAUCUCUUCACUGCAACCUCUGUUUUAGCCCAAGCAACCUGUUACCACUGUAUGAAACCUUUCAAUAAGGAUUCGUACUACUGUGCAAACUGCAAUGCAAUUGUUCACAAAGGCUGUAAGGAGAGUUUUGCCUCUUGUGCAAAGGUCAAAAUGAAGCCACAAAAAGGGAUGCUGCAGGCACAUGAUACCUCUUCAUUACCCACAGUAACCAUGAGAAACAAAAACUCACAACCGAAGGAGCGCCCACGCUCUGCAAUACUUGCUCCUGAUGAAAACACCGUAACCUCGAUAUUCAAUAACAGGAGAUCACAACAGACUACAGCACUUUCAAAGAGUGUCUCUAUACAGAACCUUGCAGGAGUUGGCAAUGAUGACAGCUUAAUACAUACUUGGAAAUUCCUGUCGCAGUCUACAGACUCUUUACAUAAAAUCAGCCGGGUGAAUGAAUCCAUGGAGUCACUAAUUGAUGAGGGUGCAGACAUGAAUGAAGGACAAUUGAUGGGAGACUUGGAACUAGAUUCGAAGCAGCUGGAGGCAGAAUCCUGGAGCCAAGUAGUGGACAGCAGGUUCCUACGACAGCAGAAGAAAGAUAUUGUCAAACGGCAAGAUGUAAUUUAUGAGCUAAUGCAGACAGAGAUGCACCAUGUCCGCACCCUGAAGAUCAUGAAUGAUGUAUACAGUGCAGGGAUGGUAAAGGAGCUGCAGUAUGAUCAACACGUAGUGGACAAGAUCUUCCCCUGCCUGGAAAACUUGCUGCACAUCCACAGUCACUUCUUCCAGCGGAUUCUGGAAAGGAAGAGGGAGUCCCUGGCAGACAAAAGUGAGAAAAACUUUGUUAUCAAGAGGAUAGGUGACAUCCUGGUGAAUCAGUUCUCCGGUGAGAGUGCUGAGCGAAUGAAGAAAACAUAUGGCAAGUUCUGCGGACAUCACAAUGAGGCUGUGAAUAACUUCAAAGAUCUGUAUUCAAAGGACAAGCGUUUUCAGGCAUUUGUCAAGAAAAAAAUGAGUAGCUCAGUGGUGAGACGUCUUGGGAUUCCAGAGUGUAUCUUGUUGGUAACACAGAGAAUCACAAAGUACCCGGUCUUGUUACAAAGGAUACUGCAGUACACCAAAGAAAAUGAAGUGGAACAUCAAGACUUGACUCAGUCAUUAAACCUUGUUAAAGAUGUGAUUGCUGCGGUCAAUAGCAAGGUCAGCAAUUAUGAAAAGAAAAUGCGUCUUGAUGAGAUUUACACCCGGACAGAUAGCAAGUCCAUCAUGAGGAUGAAGAGUGGCCAGAUGUUCGCAAAAGAGGACUUGCGGCAUCGGAAGCUCAUCCGAGAUGGGCCUGUUUCACUGAAAAAUGCAGCUGGCCGGUUGAAAGAAGUCCAGGCUGUUCUCCUCUCUGACAUGCUUGUGUUCCUUCAGGAGAAAGACCAGAAGUAUGUCUUUGCCUCACUGGACCAGAAAUCCACUGUGAUCUCUCUGAAGAAGCUGAUUGUACGAGAAGUGGCUCAUGAAGAGAAGGGUUUGUUCCUGAUCAGCAUGGGUGCCAAAUAUCCCGAAAUGGUGGAAGUCCAUGCCAGCUCCAAAGAAGAGCGUAGCAGCUGGAUACAGAUCAUUCAAGACACAAUAAACACCAUGGAUAAGGAUGAAGAUGAAGGAGUCCCUAGUGAGUCUGAGUUGGAAAAGAGAGUGUCGGACACAAAAAUGAGAGAAUUGAAAGAACAACUUCAGCAGAAGGAUAAGCAGAUCCUCAUCUUGCUGGAGGAAAAGGGGAAGAUCUUCAGGGACAUAGCAGACUGCUCUAUGCAAGAGGACCUGCCAGGCUCCAGAGUGCUGUUCAGAGCCAACACAGAGGAGGCAGCAAAAGGAGAGGCCAUUAUGAAAAGUGCAAUAAAUGAAGUUGAACUGCUGCAAGGCCUGGUGAGCAGGAGCCUAGGCAGCGCCCUUGGGCAGCAGGUCAACAGCGCCGCCAUCGAACAAGAAGGAGGAGUUGGCCCCAUCUCUCUCCCUAGACGGGCAGAAACUUUUGGAGGAUUUGACAGUCAUCAGAUGAAUGCCUCAAAGGGUGGAGAGAAGGAUGAAGGCGACGAUGCUCAGGACCUUCGGAGAACAGAAUCAGACAGCAUUUUAAAGAAGGGUGGAAAUGCUAAUCUUAUGUUCAUGUUGAAAAGGAAUAAUGAGCAGGUUCUCCAAAGCAUUACCAACCUCCAUAAGCUGCUCAGUGCUUUGCAGGCUGUGGUGCUGCAGCAGGACACCUUCAUCGAGGACCAGAAGCUGGCUCUGAGCGAGAGAGCACUGACCCGAAGCCUCUCGCGGCCGAACUCCUUGAUAGAGCAGGAGAAGCAGCGCAACCUGGAGAAGCAGCGCCAAGAGCUGGCCAACCUGCAGAAGCAGCAGGCGCAGCACCAGGAGGAGAAGCGGAGGCGAGAGAAGGAAUGGGAAGCCCGUGAGAAGGAGCUGACGGAGCAGGAGGCCCACCUGGCCCAGCGAGAGGAGCAGGUCCAGAGAGGGUGUCAGGAUCUCGAACGGGAGCGGGACGAGCUGCAGAUGAAGAAAGCUUCCUACCAGCUUGACUUGGAGAGGCUUCGUACAGCACAGAAACAGCUGGAGAAGGAAAAGGAGCAGCUCAAGAGAGGCAUGGAGAGGUUACCUCAAACACGGUUGGAGCCUGACCACAACCAGGUUUCAAAUCUACGUGACAAACUUGCAAGAGUCCCCUCCCUGCCCAGCAUGGAGGAUUCCUCCAAGCAGAAAAGCCCUUCCCUUCCUAAACAGGGGCACUUUGAUGCAGAACUGUCUGUGUCUCCCAAAAGGAAUAGUAUUUCAAGGACACACAAAGAGAAAAGCACUUUCCAUUUGCUUAGCACAACAAACCAGACUAACAAGGUGGCGGCUGAAGGACAGUCCCAGAUGCCUACCCGCCUCUUCAGUUUAGCCAAACCAAAGGAGAAAAAAGAAAAGAAGAAAAAGGGCAAAGGACAUCGCUCCCAACCAUCUGAUCCUCACUCCUCAGAAGCACCACCAGAGGGUGAGGAGAUCUUUUGCUGAGCGCCGGCACCAGGUCUGCAGGAGUACACCUCACCUGCACCACGCUGCGGCCAGACCACCCCGGGGCCGAAGCCCACGGCUCUUCCUCUGCCCAUCGGUCUCAUUCAGCUUUGGUACGGUGGACAUCUCCCUGCCUGCUCCGCAGCGUGCUUCUGGUGCCUACAUCUGACAAGCUACCCGGGGAAUUUAAAUAAAACAUGUUGUAAAGGUCUGUAAGUGGUGGGAAAAGGCCUCUCUCCUUUGGUUUUGCAUGAAUUCUCACCACGGAGACUGACUACACUGCAAAUAGUACCGCCUUUCUGUGCAAACCUUGAUUUAAGUCGGUUGGGAUGAGAGAACAUAGCCUUAAGGGGUCUGUGCCUUCAAAUUCCCUUUUUCGGGGGAACAUAACCAAAACCAAGCAUUUAGCAAAAGAUUAGGACUCUACAAAUGGUGCGUACACACUGGCAUAUAUAGAUAUACUGUAUAUAUACAUGUAUGUAUCUAUGUAUCCCCUGGGAUAUGCUUACAGUCUGUACAGCCAAGCUUAGCUCGGCCGGUGGGGAUAGAUGAUACCUGAUGACUUUCAGGGAGCGCGUAGAUAUUAAAUAUCUUGCCCUUACUACUCAGAUUGUAACUCCGUUGACUUGCACGACCCUUUUGUGCUUGUGGGAUGUGGCAUGUUUCACUUCAGAAAGGUACCCUACACCAGGAAGCAGUAACAGUGGAAAAAAAUAAAAAUUCAGGAAAAACGUAAAAUAGAAGGUAUUUCCAAAAGAUUCGAGUGAGGCAGAGAAAUUAAAUGUUAAACUGCUUCCAAAAUUGAGCAGAAUGUCUUUGGGUGUGUUUAAAAUGAUGCAGAAAAGAGAAGUUCACUAAGCUUGUUAGGCAACCCCAGGGAGCCAGAACAGUGUUCAGGUGGGAACAGCUCGAAACAGCCUUUUCUAAGCAAUCCCCGUGAGCUCCAGCUCAUUCCUUCCCAUUACUCCCUAAGCAAAGACUUUUUUUUUUGGCCAGAAUAUAUUUCUCCAUUUGCAUUUGACAUCUCUUCCUACAAACCGGAAGACUUUAUGGAGAAAUGGCCAAAAAUACGCUUUUAGGGAUCUUUGUUCUGUUAUCUGUAUUCUUCCUUCCACUGCUUUUUACAUUAUGACUGGGCUUAUGUUCCUCUGACUUUUGUCAGCUUCUCUAGCUUUUUUCUAACCCAAAAGGACGCAAGAGCAAUUUCCAAGCACUUUGGUAAAGACAUCACAGUCAAAGGACUGAGCGCUGUGAGCAGAGUGACCUCGGGAGAGGCAGCUCCUUGUUCCUACACCUGUACAAUACUGUGCACUUAGGAACAGUUACUGGGGAGAAAAUCUGUUCUUACAGACAAAGCACCAUGCGACAGGUCCAAAGGCUGGCACGCUAGGUCCGUGUCCAUCACUGCGCAGUCUGUGUCCGUGCGCCUCCGCGUUGCCAUCCGCGGAGCGGGCAGGAUCGCGGACGGCUCCUGGGAUGCCGAAUGCGACGUGUUUAUACAGCUGUUGAAUAGGAUGUAUUUUCAAUGGGGGAAGAGGAGUGCAGCAAGCCAGAUUUUUUCCAAAGUUAUUGUUCUUCCAAACCCUCUCAGGGGACUUGCUCCAGCGGAUUUGUAAAUGGUUAUGAGGCGCUAUCAGCUUCAAAUAGCUCAAGGGUUUGCUCAAACAGUUUGAAGCUGUCAAGUGCAUUUCCUUUCCUCACAGUUUUCCUUGAGAAAAAAAAGAAAAAAAAAACCUUUUUUUCUUGCACUAUCAUUUGAUUUCAAUUUGCUCUUUAGCUUCUCACAAGCUAGUCCCAUGCAACAGUUUUCAGAGUUCAGUGCUAAGGAGUAGCAGCAGCAUUGGCAGUGAGGUGGGUACUUAAAUUGGUCUGCCAGGAUCAGUGCGGGAGUCCUGAAUAGCCCGCUUGCUUUUGAAGCUCUCUAAACUAUUAAGACUCAAAAAAAAAAAAAAAAAAAAAAAAAAAAAGAAGAAAGCAAAGAGGUUUGAGAUGUAUUUUUGCUUUUUUUAAUAUUAUUUGGUGCUUGUUCUUAAUUGCAAGCAGGGCUUGCAAAAAUAUUUAUCUUUCUGUUUAUUUGAAAGAGUUCUUUUUUAAAAAAAAGUUUACUUGGUUUUAUUUUUUUAGUUUUAUUUUGCCUUUGUUUUGGGGGUUGUGGGGGUUGGUUUAGAGGUUUUGUUCUUCCUUUUUUUUACCAAGAGAUUGGUAACCCAAUGCUCUUAUCUCUCUGUUUCCUACAAAAAUAGGGUUUGAGCAGUGCUGCUUAGCAGUCUGUGCCAUUCCUGGAAUUAACAGAAUUUCAACUGAGAGCUUUCUUUAAGGCAGAACAUUUUGGGGCCAAAAAAAUUUGGAAAGAGAGGUGGUGACUUCAGACAAGACUCCUGCUAUCAGUAACUAUUUUGUUUAGGUUUUCUCAUACCUCUUGGAGGCAAAGGGAAAGCCAAACACAGAGCAUAUUCCCGUGAGGUGAGGGUCUGAUCGACUGUGCAGGGAGAUCCAGGCAAGUCUUCUCCUGAACUUGAAAGGAGCUGAAGGAGGCAUGUGCUGACUUUGUGGUGUUAUCUUUUUAAUGAGAAAAACACUGAUUUAACAAAAUAACUUCUGCCCUGCUAUUUCUACAUCUGCGAAAAUUAAUGUGCCAAGCUGAAAUUUUUGGUUUCCAAACCAGUGCAUGGCUCAUUUACUGUUGUAUAAACAGAGAUCAGUUCCCUGAUAUUUUGGAAGGUUCCUCUGAGUCUGUAAUAGUCUUUGCCAGUACGAGCUUUGCUUUUCAUCUCACUGUCUUUCCCCCGUCCCAGUACAUCUUGAAUUUGUGCAACAGGGGAAUGUCCCAUGACCCUGAGAAGGGCAUCAAAAGGGAGAUGUGACCCAGAGCAGUAGGGUUGAGUCUGUGACUGGCUUGACUCUCUCUUCUGACCUGUGUAAAUAAAAAAGAGCAUUCAGUGCCCUAAGCAAAAAAUGCAUUUGCGAAGUGGUCUCCCAUGGUCCCCAUGGUUUGAAUCAAAAAUGUACCAACCAGAAAUAUUGCAUAUCAAAGCUGGUUUUGUCUUAAAUUCUGGUGGGCAGACAUCCGUCGUCCCUGGGGGAUGUAUAUUACUGUAUGAUUCACUUUGUGUUUGAAUGAGGCUCCCCCAUUUGAAUGAGACUCCCACACUGCUUCCUUCUCCUCUCACCUUCAGGAAGAUGCAGGCUUGUUUUUUUGUUUUUCCUCCAGUUUUCUUUGGAAAGGCUUGGCAUUGGUUCCUGGAGUUGGAGUCCCACUGUGAUCCCAGCAGAUAGCCUAGGGUUGCCUGCUAGAGAACAGCCCCAGUUUCACAGCACCAAAGCCUUUCCUUUUCCUGGCCUUAAAAUGGUGUUUGCUUUAGUUGCAUGCUUGGCACCAUUCUGCAGUUCUGGAAAACAUGUUAUUUCCUCAGCCCAGCCUAACACCUUGUCUGGUUCCCAUGGCCAGUCCCUCGAUCCCAUUCAGAGUACCCAAAUCACCCCUUUUUGCCCUGGGUCCCUGGUACACAGAACAGGUAGGUUCAAAAAUGUCUGUGAGAAGUCCAUAUUGAGGGGAGAAGAGGACAAUGCAAGGGCCCUAAGAGCUUUUUUUGCUACUGUUUCACAGAGGGAAAAAUCAGACUUUCUUCUCAUGGGCUUUUACUUUGUCCAGUCUUCAUCACUACCCGACAGAAGGGGUUUCAGUGAAUAGUGUAGUGAAGGCACGUCUCGAAUGAAGUACAGAAGUGGUCAGUAUUAGCUGAGGGCAUCAGGAUAUCCCAGGGAGCAGAGAGCAGGUCUAGCAAACGGUUUGAGACAUGAAAGAAUUGGGUGGGGUUGGGCUUAGGUUCUUUCCAAUGAAGCAAUCAUCUCAACAUGUAACUUUGUCAUUUUGAUGCCAUAAAGCACUUUAAAUGGAAUUGGUCUUGUCCCUUUGCAUUUUGCUUAUGUGGAGACAAUCAGGUUUCUAUUUGCUUCCCCCUCUGUGUCCCCCACAUAAUCUGAGCUGAAAGUAGGGAUAUGCCACUGGGAAACCUGGCUUUAGUUUGGCUUUGCCUGGCCUGGGGGAGAAGGGGAGGAAGGGACAAGCUUUUUCUCUUAGUUUUAGACCAGCGUGGGUGUGAGGAUGACUGCAGUCCUGCUGCAGACAGGGUGAACCACCAGCCUUUUCCCUAUGAGGUGUUUGGCCAUCACUUACUCUUCCUGCGUGCACAUCCCUGGAGCUGCCUCAUCUCACACCCAAGGGGCAAAAGCCAUCGUCCUGCUGGGACAACCCGAGCUGGCAUCGGCAUCGCCUCCCGCGCAUGGGAACCGAGGCACCGAUGCCCGUAGGGAAGCGUUCCCGGCCACUGUCCUCCCUCCAGCUCCUCCUGCCUUGGAGAAACUUAGAGCAAAGCAGGCAUGGGGGGGAUGCAACCAAGUGCAGUGCAGUGAGGCCCUUCCCGUGCACUAAGUUAUUUACUGUACAAGCCAUUCAGAGACCUCCUGGGUGCCGUCUCUGGGGCGGGAGCACUUGCUCCUGUGGCAGGUGGCCUGUUUUUUUCCCUCUUGAAGCUUGACCACUGCUGAGAAGCACAGUAAUGCCAUGAGCUUGAGCAGAUGUGUCCCGCCUUGCCCAGGCGCGAGCGUCUGUAGAACCUGAUAAUCUUGGCACCUUCCUUGCGGCGCUAGAAUACCUUCAAGCUGCUGCUGCACCAACACCUGAAUCCAGUCCUUGCAAACGCCACCGAGUCGGAGAAGUUCAUCAGGUGCCAAAGUCGCCGGGAAGCUGGCUGGGAUGCCCGUGGCACGGCGCGCGGAGGACCAGGCGGGGGCAUGGGAGAGUACCUGCUCAAAUCCAACCAAACAUUCCUUCUUAACCAGAGCUCUGGAAAUUUUUCUGCCUGCUGGCCAGGUUUGGGAAUAUAGCGUAAUUUAAGGCAUCCUUUUAAAUAAACCUGCCCUAGCGCUCGCAGCUCCUGCUUUGUCGGAAGGGGCAGCAGUCGAUGGCUCGUUCUUGAUCUGGCGGUGCGGCUAAGCUUUAAAGAUAGGCAAGCUGAACUGGGUUAGUCUCCUACACCUCACGCUCUUGCGUAACGGGAAGCGUAACGCUAGCUCCCUGCCCACGUGUGUUUUAAGGGCGCUCUGCCCUUUUUUCCCCCCACACUGACAUUGAUGCUUUGCCCAAAUAUAUUCUGCUUCCAUCGCUUGGGGGGAGGGGGGACCAGGAUGACGUUCACUGCUUUGCAUACAGCUAUGAGCUUUGUAUGUAUUUAAACUGUCUAUAGGUAUCAAUCAUUGCCAUGCUCUUAAGUAUUUUACUAUUUUCUUUAUCGAUAGUAAACACUGACUCAGAAAACCUAUGUCCAGUUCAGUUCGCCUAUUGUUAAAGUUUAGCCCGGUGUUUAUUUUGUACUAUUAUGGAAUGCACUUGAGUAAUUCCCAGAGCAUUGAGGAGGUGUAUUACAAUAACCCAAUAUACCUCUGCUUUUGGUUUGUUUCUUAAGGAGAAAAAAAAAAAAAAGAACUGCUUUGCAUUUUCAUGUUGAACCCAUUUAAAAAAAAAAAGGAAAAAAGUUUAAAAAAUUAAAAGUUGAAAAAAGAAUUUUUUUAAAAAAGAGGGUUAAACCUAAUUGCUGUAUGUUAAUUUGUAAUUAUGUAAAAAGUGAGCAGGUUAUUGACUGUAAAAUUCUUCAGUUUUUCUGUAACUUGCCAGAAACCAUUAGGUUUUGUAACAAGCUUUUAUUUAUCUUCCUUUUUAGUUAUCAGCAUCAACCUCUUGUAAAGUCAUUUUUCCUCUAAAUAAAUUUGAUUUUAAGUCUGAA